AACCGCAGAAAAUACACUAUUCGUGAAGUUCAUUUUCUCAGCCCUUCAACUGAAGUACGCAUGAGAUGAUUUAAAAUGUCUCGAACCGAUGCGAAAGCUGUAUGCAAAAGACCUGAACCGUACUUCUGUGAACUUGACGAUCGAUGUACGUUCAGAACGUUCUGAAGGGUCGUCUGCCGUUAUGUCAUUGAAGUUUUUUACUUAUUAUACAAUUAUAUUUGUAUUUUUUUCGCUGCAAGUGUGACCUCUGCUAUAAAUGACCUGCCAAUCUUUAUUCAGCAAGAACAAUAUUGUUGGUAUAUAUGGGAAUGUAGACAAAUUCUGUCACUUCUCUCAUUCCAGCAGGUGUACGACAACGAACGUAACUUGAAUUUGAAAUUGGUGAAUGACAGGUGGGAAGUGGUUGGUGCAAGUUUGAAAGAACUGAGGAAUGAUCGAAUUUAUUCAAGAAUGAAGCUGGUAUGCCUACCUGAAACAGCAUGACAAAUAUUUGGCAGAUGAAAAUUAUCUUAUUUAUUCUACUUAUUAUAUGUACAACAAGCAUGAUAUUCUUCAUAGGAAAUUUAUCUCAGUUGGAAAGUAUUGCAGGGACAUCUUGGUGAACACCUGGCUCCAUAAGGUAAUGGCCCAGGUGGCAGAACCUUAGAUCGAACAUUACAGCCACUUGUGUAUCGUCAUCUGUUUUCCAAUGACUCCAAUCAGAUCCUGCUAACCCGCAUGGUAUAUUUGGAUCGGCAAGAACAUCUUCAGAAAAUGUGUCAUAGCUAUAUGCAGGACAUUAAACAUCAGACAAACCUUACAAAAUACAGAGAGAUGUAUGAUCAUUUAUUGGUUGACCAGAAACAUAGAUUACUUUACUGUUAUGUACCCAAGGUAGCAUGCACAAACUGGAAGCGCGUAUUCAUGAUUCUGAUUGGAUUGGCUAAUACUACAGAUCCCCUCAAGAUUCCAGCCAGUGCAGCUCAUCAGAAAGAUGUUAUUACCAGGCUUAGCAACUAUUCGUCGAUGGAAAUUGACAGCAUCUUGCAUACAUUCACAAAGUUUCUGUUUGUUCGCCAUCCAUUUGAACGAUUGCUGUCAGCAUAUCGUAACAAACUAGAACAACAUUAUCAGAGUUCAAAGUAUUUUCAGUCUCGAUUUGGGCGACAUAUCAUCAAACAUUACCGACAAAAUCCUUCAAAUGAAUCACUGACAAAAGGUGAUGAUGUCACUUUUAAAGAAUUCGCUACAUAUUUAGUAGGACAAGAAGGUGUGCUAAAUGAACACUGGAGACCAAUCUAUGACCUGUGCCACCCAUGCUCAAUCAAUUAUGAUAUUAUUGGUAAAUAUGAGACAUUAGACCAAGAUUCAGAGUUUAUACUAAAGCAGGUAGGAGAAAAAGGAAUAUCCUUCCCACGAGCCCCAAAAUCAUCAAGCACUACAUCAAAGCUUCGAAAAUACUUUGAUAGUCUCCAACAAGAUAUUAUUAGGCAGUUGUAUAAUGUAUAUAUUAUGGAUUUCAAAUUAUUUGGAUAUAAUUUACAAGAAUUUUUAGGCUAUGAAAUGGGUUGAAUUAAUCAUGUCUGCUUUUCUCAGGUAAUAAUGCCUGCGAAGGGCAUUACUUCAUUAGGCCGGCCUACUGUUUUUUAGCCCAGUUUAUAUUUUGUUACUACAGUUUUAAUAACAGAUCAUGGUAGUAGUUUUAAGAUAGGCAGACACUGCCCCAAAUGAUGAAUGAUGCGUAAAAAUAUCUGAUACUUUAAGUUACUGAAAUAUAAUAUUGUCAUGAGAAAUCACAACACUGUGGGUUCAGGUAAGAAAUGGAACUAUUGGGCAUUAGUUCCUCAUCUACAAGUGUUUACAACUGACUGACUGACCCCCCACCCCACAACUUGCUCCCCCUUCUGUCCUGCAUUGUCAUUUUCUGGUUUCCACUUCAUCUUAGUUCCUUGUUUCACUGAGGGAGCAGGCUAACCAGGCUUGAACUCUGGCUGGCUGGUAAAUUGCUGCUGGCCCUCACUAGCACAGUGAUCUCGGUCACAAGUCCCACCGGACUCAUUACCUUAUUUUACUGUCUCAUGGCACUGGAAGCCUUCUAAUCUUGCUCCUUGAACUUUGAUUUGUCUGGUGUAGCCUUGUGGCAGGCUGCCUAGGUGACAGUGUCCUCAGCAGUACCUUGACUUGUGGUUAAGAGAGAUUUGUGCAUGCUGUCACCUGAUAAUGGACGUGUCUUUGAUAUUUCUGUGGUUCCAGCAUUCGCGUUACUGACUAUGCUGUACCGGCUCCUUGAACGUCAGGUAUGAGAUUUCAGACUGCUCUGGGUUGUAAUUCAACAGAAAUAAUUUAGCAGUUGAAAUAUGCUGUAGUAUAAGCCCAGAAAUAUCAGUAUAAUUAUGAUUUUAAUCCAGUGCAAUAUAUAUAAAUUCUUGCCAAUAGAAGAUAUCUUUUCAGUAUUAUAAAGUGUGGUUAUCAUUAGGUUAGAAGAGCCAUCUAAUCUGUACCUGUAGAAUUUGUAGUAAUGACAAGUGCUGUUGUCAGUGCUUGGUUUUACUGAAUAAAUUUAACAGAAUGUAGGAGUCUUCUCAAUUGCUCAUCUUGCCAUAUCCUAGGGAUGGCUCUUGUUAGUGUGGUAUUCUUAAAGAAGUAACUUCAUGGGUUUUCAUUUUAAUUAGAAGUAUACAGUGCUUUGUUUAUUGGAGUGAAGGUUGUGACAUUUCAAAAAGGAGAUCCCCAAAACAUUUAUUUAUUGAAGUGUGAUAAUUUGGCAGUAGGUUGCAAAGAUUUUCAUCCACAUUUUUAUAUAUAAUUCUGUGUCAUUUGAAUGAGAAACUGGGGCAUGCAUGCUCCUUAUGAUGAGCUAGCAGUUUUACAAGAACAUGUGUACAUGCAAGUGCAAUAAGCAUUAUAAUAUAUUUUGUAAUGUGUGUAUGUUAUGUUAUUAAAAUGAAUAUGUGUCUGCAUAUUGCUCAUCAGAUUUCAGAAGGUUGUGUCGUUAUUUGGGAGCUGGUAUGCCUACCAUAAAGAAUGAGAAUGUAUAUUGUUUAUUUUUACCUGACAUACAAUAUGUAACAGUCCUAUAUUGUAUUACUUUUUUAGAAUUUUUAUUUAAUAUAUAUAUGAUGGAAAUAUAAUGAAAGUACUUGCUUUUUACUAGUAUCAUUUAUAAAGCAGCCGUAUUAACAAUACAUAACAUUUUAGUGUAAAAUGUUUGUAUUGUCCUGAUGUGUUUCAACAGUAGAUGUGGAUGUUCUGAAGGUAAUACAGUUAUAACUAGGGACCAAAUUAUAAUGCAAAUGCAUAUUUCUUGCAACCAGAAAGUAUGUUCAUUUGUAUGCAUGAAUUCAUUUUUUUAAAUUUUAG